AUGUUGCCCUCGUACUCCUGCGCCCUCGCUGAUUUGCACCACCUUGGCAAGGUGCAUCAGGACGUCAAGAGCCUCAAUGUCACUCUCUCGACGACACACUACAUUCGGGUGGGUGAUCUCGGCUCGGCGCGACCGAUCGAUGACUGCAUGACGUCCAACGUCGGCACCAAGCUCUGGAUCGCACCCGAAGUCGUUCGUGACACCCUUGGUGGCAAUGAACUUGGGCACGGUCCACCCGCCAACAAUUGCUCGUUUGGCGUCGUUCUCACCGAGUUUGACACGUGCGAGACGCCGUAUGCAGAGUCGUCGCUGGACGUCCGCAAGGCCCACGAGGUCUGA